CUUUCCUCGUCUCUUUUGCGCUUGCUCGCCGCCGCAAAGAAAAAAAGGCUCUGGGGGGCCGCCUUAUAUGACUGAGCGGCCGUACGCCCCUCUCAGCGUGUAGAGCGUGAAGAUGCUGGCCAACAUGUUCAACCGCACGCUAUCCGUGGUGAUUUGGGUCCUUCUUGUGUCAUGCUGUCAAGCGUGGUACAUUCCAGGUUAUUCGAUCAAGAGCUAUCGCGAUGACGAACACAUCCCCCUCCUCGUGAACAAGGUCUUCUCGGAUCGCACCCAGUUGCAAUAUGCGUACUACGAUCUCCCGUUCGUCUGUCCUCCGUCAGGGAGAGUACAUGGCGGAUCUCCUUUCGGCUCCGGCCAGAGCAUAUCCCUCAACAUUGGAGAGGUCCUUCGAGGCGAUCGUAUUAUGACGUCGGACUUCGAAAUUGUGAUGGGUAAAGAUGUUGAAUGCCAGGCGCUCUGUACGAAGGAGGUCGAUCGACAGGGUGUCAAGAGAGGUCGCGAGUUGAUCAAAGAUGGAUAUGUGGCCGAGUGGAUUAUGGACAACUUACCUGGAGCGACCAGUUUCGUCACUGUCGACCGCAGUCGCAAGUACUAUGCUACGGGAUUUAAGCUCGGUUACCAGGACAUCUCUCCCACAACCGGUAAAAAGCGCUACUUUAUCAACAACCACUUUACCUUUGUGAUUCGCUGGAGAAAAGCGCCUGGAAAGGCUGGCGAUCAGGGCGGUAAAGUCAUUGUUGGAUUCGAAAUAUACCCAAAGAGCAUUACCAACAAGAACCGCGAGGAAGGUAGCUGCCCCAAGGAUGUGCAUGGCGAUCAGGAGGGCCUGGAACUCUUCAUCGCUCCCAACACUUCUCAACUUGCGGAGAAGUACCCCGGAUCCUCAUAUAUUCCCGAGGAGGAUCCCGACUUCGAUGACGGCGCUACUUUGAAGGUUCCUUACACCUAUUCCGUCUAUUUCCGUGAGGAUGACAAGAUCGAAUGGUCUAACCGCUGGGAUCACUACUUCAACAACCAGUCUGAGGGCUCCAUGACCCACUGGCUCGCUAUUCUCAACUCUCUGACUAUUUCUGCCGUUCUGGGAGUUACAGUCCUCGUGAUCUGGGGCAGGACUGUGCAAGGAGAUGUCAAAGGCCGUGGUGAUGGGGUCAUGGAGGAUGGCAAGAUCCGCCCAAGAAAGUCCAAGUCAGCCCGGUCCGUCGACAAGAAUCAGGAGGGUGUGUUGGAUAAGCCCGAAGACGUGGAGCGGGAUGCUGAUGUAUCUCUUGACGAGGAAACGGGAGAGGAAUUUACGGGAUGGAAGCUUCUUCAUGGCGACGUGUUCCGUGUGCCGGCAUACAGCGGUCUUCUCGCACCGCUCGUCGGAUCCGGCAUGCAGCUGCUCUUCAUGUCUGCUGGACUGCUCAUACUUAGUUGCUUGGGCAUUCUGAACCCGAGCUUCCGCGGUGGCUUUGUUAGCGUUGGUAUGGGUCUGUUCGUAUUCGCCGGGCUCUUCUCGGGCUACUUUUCAGGAAGGUUGUACAAGACCUUCGGCGGCCAGAACUGGCGAAAGAACACUAUCAUCACCGCGACCUUGUUCCCGGGCUUGUCCUUCUGCCUUGUGUUCAUUCUUAACAUGUUCGUCUGGGCCCAGGCCUCGAGUACAGCGAUCCCGUUCGGGACAUUGGUCGGUCUGGUGGCUCUCUGGCUAUUGAUUCAGGUCCCUCUUGUAUACGCUGGCAGCUGGUAUGGGUACGUCCGUGCGGCACCGUGGGAGCACCCGACCAAGACAAACCCGAUCCCACGUCAGAUGCCACCCCAGCCGUGGUACCUGAGCAGUUUCCGCGGUACGCUCUUGACCGGUUUGGUACCGUUCGCUGUCCUUUUCAUCGAGCUAUUGUUCGUGUUCAAGAAUCUCUGGCAGGACAAGAGCGGCUACUACUACGUGUUUGGAUUCCUUAGCGUUGUGAGCACAAUUCUCAUUGUCACGGUCAGCGAGGUCACAAUCAUUGCCACAUACAGCCAACUCUGCGCAGAGAACUAUCACUGGUGGUGGCAGAGCUUUUUCACUGGCGGUAGCAGCGCCUUCUGGAUCUUUGCCUACUGCAUCUGGUACUACUUCUUCAAGCUACACAUCACAGGUUUCGUGUCCAGCCUGCUCUUCUUCAGCUAUAGUCUGCUUGCCUGUGCGGUAUAUGGACUCUUGACGGGAACCGUGGGCUUCUUGACCGCCUACGCAUUCAUCAGGCGGAUGUACAGUGCCGUUAAGAUCGACUGAUCGAGGCUUGCGCCUUUCAAAGGGCGCAAGUCGCGGAACAUAGUAGCCCCCAGUAUAUUUCCGGGGAACUUUUGCCAAAAAAGCAUUAUAACGCCCGUACGGCCUUUUCUCUUAUCCUGUAACUGCGUUGGAUGAAUGCGUUCGAGCCGGCGUCCGAGCUCUCUAUAUCUCGUUGUGUUGCCCUUUUGGUAUUUUCUUUGCUGCCUCCCCGCAACACA